CCCAGUCUAUUCUUUCUCCUGACGUCCUUCCUUGAUGCCAGUGUCACACGCUGCAGGGGAUGAACAUUUUACAGCGACUGGACAGUUUUAAUCUGGUACUGUUUGGGAGCAUUGAAACGUUCCGUUUCUUCCAAAAGGGAAUUGUUCGUUGGCCUUUGGAGGGUUUCUAAACACGGCGGAACUGAGCUCGAGAGACCCGUAAUAUACUGUGUUUUGUACUGUAUCCGCUGUUUCAGGGUGUUAUUAUUUAUUCAUUAAUAUUUUUUUCCUGGAAAUGUACACAGAUGGCUCUUUGAAGGGGACAUUGCGUCCGUGGGAGUGUUUUUUUCUUUUUCUUUUUUCUUUGCUCUGGACAACACCGACUCAUUGAAAAAAGCUGGCUGUACAAAAAAAAAAAAAAAAAUGACGAUCUGGUAGUUCUGUUUUCUCUCAUUUUUUCUGUUCCUCUUUUGUUUUCUUUCGGCCUCUUGAUCUACAAUCUCACGGGGUUUAAUCGGUGCUUCAUAUGGACAUGAUAUGGGGACACUAGUUAAGGAGAAAAUGAUCUGUUGUUCCGGCUAGCCAAAACAUCGCAGACAUGAGCAUCAUAUAGCCCUUUCAUAUCUUUGGCCUCAAUCACCAGUAUUAUACGUGCCAUCCAGUAAACUUGAUCGAAAAUGAGGAUCGUGUGAGCUUUACUGGUGGCUGGAGAGGGCAGCGAUAGCUUCGCGAUACUGGCUCGGCUGCGAAGGGGUCUAUGACUGCUGUCGGUGCUGAUUCAAUUAGUAAAUAUACAGCGGGUCGCUGAAAUUAAUUCAGUGUUGCUGUAGGCUGAAGCUCCAGGGACGAUGUCCUCUCGCGCAGCUCUGCAGCCGGGGAACGAAAGGAAUGCAGACCACUCUACUAAAGGAAUCAAAUCUACAAAAGAACUCUCAAGUGCCCAUUCACACAUGUGCCAUCCGCAGCAAAAGCCAUUCACACAUUUGUUUGAACAUGCCUCUCUCUCAGCCAGUCGUUCAGAGAAGGGCUCGGGAUGGUCAAGUCGAUCGCUGGGUGCCCGUUGUCGGAAUUCCAUCGCCUCUUGCUCAGAUGAACAGCCUCACAUCGGCAACUACCGACUGCUCAAGACCAUAGGCAAGGGCAAUUUUGCCAAAGUGAAGUUGGCACGCCAUAUCUUGACUGGCAGGGAGGUUGCAAUAAAAAUCAUUGACAAAACCCAACUCAACCCUACAAGUCUACAGAAGCUCUUUCGAGAGGUACGGAUCAUGAAGGGCCUCAACCAUCCAAACAUAGUUCAGCUUUUUGAAGUGAUCGAGACAGAGAAGACGCUCUACCUUGCUAUGGAGUACGCCAGUGGUGGUGAAGUUUUUGACUACCUCGUAUCUCAUGGGAGAAUGAAGGAGAAGGAUGCACGUGCUAAAUUCCGUCAGAUUGUGUCUGCAGUUCAUUACUGUCAUCAGAAGAAUAUCGUUCACAGGGACCUGAAGGCGGAAAACCUGCUGCUUGAUGCAGACUCCAACAUAAAGAUUGCUGACUUUGGCUUCAGUAAUGAAUUUACACUGGGCAAUAAGCUGGACACAUUCUGCGGCAGUCCCCCUUAUGCCGCCCCAGAGCUCUUUCAGGGCAAGAAAUACGACGGGCCUGAGGUGGAUAUCUGGAGUCUGGGGGUGAUACUCUAUACUCUUGUCAGUGGAUCACUGCCCUUUGACGGACAGAACCUCAAGGAACUGCGUGAGCGUGUGUUGAGGGGGAAAUACCGUGUGCCAUUCUAUAUGUCUACCGACUGCGAGAGCAUCCUGCGCAGAUUCCUUGUACUCAACCCCACCAAGCGCUGCACCCUGGAGCAAAUCAUGAAGGAUAAGUGGAUGAAUGUCGGGUAUGACAGUGAUGAGCUGAAGCCUCAUGUGGAGCCUGUGGAGGAUUUUAAUGACACCAGCCGUAUAGAUGUAAUGGUAGGAAUGGGUUACUCCCGUGAUGAGAUUAAAGAUGCCCUGACCACACAGAAGUACAAUGAGAUAUUUGCCACAUAUCUGCUGCUAGGCCGCAAGUACGAGGAUGGUGUGGAGUCUCGAUCGAGUAGCAGUCUGUCUCUGGCCCGGGUUCGGCCCAGCACCAUCACGAAUGGCUCCAGCAAACACUCCUCCACCUCCUCAUCCAGCUCCACCUCUGCCUCAACCCACACUAAACCCCAGCGCAGUGCCUCCACCUACCACCGCCAAAGGAGGCACAGUGACUUCUGUGGGCCGUCAGUGCCAGUAGCUCACCCCAAACGCAGUCCCACCAGUACAGGAGACGGGGAUCUAAAGGAGGAACGUCUGCCCUCGCGGAAGGCCAGCUGCAGUGUGGUGGGCAGUCGUAGCAUCCCCCCAUCGAGCCCCAUGGUCAGCACAGCCAACAACCCCAACAAAGCCGAGAUCCCAGACCGUCGCAAAGACGUCAAUGCAACGACGAACAACAUCCCUGCCAGUGCCAUGACUCGUAGAAAUACAUAUGUGUGUACGGACCGCAACAACACCGACAGACACUCCUUACUACAAAAUGGGAAAGAGAACAGCUCCUUGUCACAUCGAAUACCUCCAGCCUCUCCGUCCACCCAUAGUAUCUCUGGGGCCGGGGCCUCCAGCUCCACAUCCUCUGAACGCUCUCGGCUGACGAGGGGCUCCACCAUCCGCAGCACCUUCCAUGGGGGGCAGCUCCGGGACCACCGGCCUCCCACUUAUGCACCACCCACCUCCCCCACCCUGUCCCACGAAGCCAGCCCUCUGCCUCACUCUCGUAGCCGGGCAACCACCAACCUGUUCACCAAGCUGACCUCCAAACUUACCCGCAGGGUCAAUCUUGACCCCUCUAAGCGCCAGAGCUCAAACAAGUCUGUCUCGGGCUGCACUCUGCCACAGGGAUCAAAAACAGUUAACGAACCUGAGAGAGUCUGCAGAUCUCCGGUCACAAGUCGCUAUUUAUCUGGGUAUCAAAAAGCGUCAGAGCCCCGGACCCCCCGAUGCAGCUGGGAUGUGAGAGUGCGGAGCCCGCGGGACCCGGCCGAGGUGGUGCUGGCACUGCGUGAGGCGGCGCAGGGCUGCGGCUGCCAGGUCCACCAGGCCGGGCCCUUCCUCCUCUCCUGCACCCAUGGAGCCGCCGGCUCCCGCGUUGCCUUUGAAGCAGAGGUGUGCCAGCUGCCCAACGGCCCCGCCGAGACCAGCGGUGUCCGAUUCAAGCGCCUGUGGGGGGCACCGCUUGCCUUUCGGGACAUCGCCACCAAAGUGUCCAAAGAACUUGAACUCUGAGGGUGACAGGGGGUGGAGGGCAAGGGCACAAGAAUGGGACAGAAAGAUGCGAUGAGCAUUAAAGGAACUAGCCCCGCCCCCACCCCCGCCUCAUCUACAAAGCCUAUAAAGACUGGCAGAAACAUAGACACAUGGACAUUGCGAGCUGGGCACCUGCUCACACAAAAGCCCUGCUAAGGAACUCCCUUUACCAGGUCUAUUUUACCUGGUAUCUUAGACAUGUUAUUUUUAACACCCGGCAUUUUUUGUCACAACACUCUGUACAUUGUCAUUUCUUUUUUAACUGCUGCUAUUUAUAUUCUUCUACUGCACCUGCAAGGAGAGUAUGGUUUGUUUAUUUGUAUCCUUGUUUAAAGGGAUAGUUCAUCCAACUAUGACAAUUCUGCAUUCAUUGAUUCACCCUUGUGUUGUUCCAAAAUGGCAAGACUUUCUUCUGUGGAAUACAAAAGGAGAUAUUUAGCAGAAUUUGCAACCUGCUCUGUCCAUGGUUACCAUUCACUUCCAUUGUGAUUUCUUUCCAUACAAUGAAAGUGAAUAGCAUUCAAGGACAGAGUUGCUUGAACAUUUUGCUAAAUAUCUCCUUUUGUGUUUGACACGAGAAAGAAAGUCAUGCAGAUUUGGAAUGACACAAGCACCUUUUUAUUUUUGGGUAAACUGUCCAUUUAAAUAACCAUAUUUACAAAAUGUGUGAAAGCCACGCCAUUCUGAACUGUAGACAUGGGGAGCCAUUUGAAAAUGCAAGUGCUGAAAGUGAUAGCAAUUCCUUUUUUUUUAAUGAUCUGUCCUUGUUGGUAAUUUUAGACCUGUAACUUGCCAGUAAUGCAGGUUGAGUAGAUUAUGUCUGCUUUCCUGAGCCUCCUGUUUUUAGUCCCUGAUUUUUCUGCAUCUUAGCAGUCCUAUAUUAUUACAUGGUCAAACACCGUAGCACUUUACGACUGAGUGAGCAACAUCACAUGUUUUGAAGUAGUUCUCCCUUCAAAUGGUGCAAUUUUACCUGUUGAGCCAAGUUAAGACACGAUGCUCUUUGUUUUGCUCUUGUAUGUGUUAUGCUAAUGAGAAACUUCUGUUAUCUUGCCAGAAGUGCACUCUGCUGAAUGGCCACAAACAGACUGUUGACUUUGUUUAUCUCUGAUUUGACAUAGUAUCUCCUUACCUUCAAGAUUGGAAAAUGUCUGAGCUGUGCAAUGUGAAAAAAUGCAAGAAUGAUUAAUACAACACUUGUCUGAAAUACCUUGA